AGGAAUAAUAGUUUAAAAUUUUACUUGUACUUUUUUUUUAGCAACUAAAUGUAAUAAUCUUUUUACAUAUUAAUAAUAAUAAUGAGACAAUAAAAAAUUAUUUUACACAAUUGUCGUACUAUGUAAAUUAAGUUACAUCAAAUCAAGUUACAUCUACAUCAAAUAAUGUAAAUAAUACUUUGUUACAUAAUUAUUAAACGUGUAUUAUCUAUAUAUUGAAUCGACUUCAAAAGUUGCUUAUCUUUCUUCAACAAUCAUUUACAAAUUGGUGGAAAACUUUCGAUUUUCCGGCUAUCAUAAAUGCGAAGAUUGACAACUAUCGAUCAAUUAACUGAUAUCUAAAUUGUUUAAAGAUAGAUUUCAUUUUUUCCCUAUUUUUUAGAUUAAAGUUACAAAGAUAACUACAUCGAAAGUGCUUUAUAAGAAGGAUAUUAGAAAUGAUUUCUCGUUUUCUUUACCGUUACAUUUUUAGGCGGACAUCUAGCUUCGUUCUUGGUAUCGUUAUCGCUUCGGCAUUUUUUGAAAGAGCUUAUGACCACGCUUGUGAAAGUAUUUUUGAAUGGAUAAACGAAGGAAGACUUUGGAUGCAUAUAAAACAUAACUAUGAAAAUUCACUACGGACACAGACACAGAGUGAUCGUAAAGGAGCUGUCGAGGAAGAAACAUUAGACUUACAGAAAGUACCUGAUGAGAAUGCGAGAGAAGACUGAAUGUUUUGUACAAGAAGGAAAUUGUAUGUUUGAUAUAUUUCGAAAGAUAUUUUCUCCAUGGAAAUACCUGCUGCAUAUUCGAGUUGUUGAGUUUUACGUGCAUUGUGAUAUUCGAUAUUUCCGUAUCAUAAAUGUAAUCUUGUUCAUGCAAUAUAAAGAUACGGACAAUUGAUAA